AUGGGUUGGAAAGCAGCUGAGAAGCUCAUCAGGCAUUGGAAAGUUCUCAGGGGCGACAAUAGGGGAAACUGGCAUUAUCAAACGCGUUAUUCGCUCUCAGAAUCGUGUUAUUGUCGAAGGGAAAAAUUGGUAAAAAAGCACAUAAAGCAAGGACCAGGUCAUGAAGGUGGUAUAUUCACUGUUGAAGCUCCCUUUCAUGCUUCAAAUUUUCAAGUUCUUGAUCCUGUUACUGGGAAGCCUUGUAAGAUAGGAGUUAAAUAUCUUGAAGACGGAACUAAGGUGAGAGUGUCUAGAGGCAUAGGAGCAUCUGGUUCCAUAAUUCCCCGCCCUGAGAUCUUGAAGAUGAGGACUACACCCAGACCAACUGUUGCUGGUCCCAAGGAUACUCCAAUGAAUCUUGUACUGGAGAAGACAUACGAGCCUAAGUCUGGGAAGGGCAUGCCUGAACUUAUAAACAUAUUGAACGACGUGGCCAAUGGAUUGGGGUCUUCAACUAACUUGUAACCGGGUUGGCAGAUAUUGCAAUUGAAGUUUUUGGAUUGCAUCCGAGGAGUUUAGGCAUUUAUAUUCAUUUUUUGCACCCGGCAACGGAUGAAGAUUUUGUAGUAUAUGAAGCAGAGAUGUCUGCAAUCAAUCUACCCUGCUUUUAUGUUGCGGAAAAA